UAUAAGCGGUUCAAACUCGAGACUCGGUUCUCGCCUUCUGACAAGGUGGUGGGGAUGGUGGAACCGCCCAAGCAUCAGGCAUGGAGGAUCACCGUCCGUGCCAAAUCCAAGAGCUUGGAUUUCCGGCUCGCCGCCUCCAACGUCCUCCCCCAUUGCGGCAACGGCGGCGAGCGGAUCGCCUUCUUCCUGCGCCUGCGCCGCUUCUUCCUUCGAGUGGAGUCCAAGAACCAAUCUCCCUCCGGCCGAGUCGCGGCGGUGCGAAAUGCUGCCGCGCCCUUCGCGAAGCCGUUUCAGCUCUUGAGAGCGGUCUUCCGACGGCCGAGAUGGCUCCCCAGGAAGAAUGUCGCCUCCAAAAGCAGAUCGGCGAGCUCCAAAAUCGGAUCUUUUUUCACUGAUUCAAGACUGUGUAUAUCUCAGGUUAUACCUCCAUGGAUGUUGCUGUUCAUAGAGCAGAGAUGGAUCAAGUGGCUUGUGAUUUUUGCCUUGGUACUAUUACUUUCAUGCAUAUUUGGUGUGCCUUCUGUUUACUUGUGGGGAAUGGAGAUUACCAAAAUGUUGGCACCUUCUGGGUAUACAAGAACGCUUGGAUGAAGAGCAAAAGUGGAAUAUAGAGGCAAAUGUGGGGUUGCUUCACCUCUUACUCAAUUUCUGAAUCAAGUCAAUUACAUCCAAAAUUGGAAGAAAGAUGUCAAGGAUGCCUGAAAUUUUUAAUGGAGUCGAACAUAAUCUCUUUGUAAUUCUCUUGUAUCUGCUCUCAAUGAUGUGCCAAACACAAUGUUGCAAGUGUUCUUUUGUGAAGAUCUAUGCUGUAGUUUUCAUUGUACAUGAGUUCUUAGAUAUGAGAAAUUGACAAUUGCUUGA